AUGGGUCCUGGGCUAAUCAAUCCCGCGGAGCGGGUAUCGAAAUCGGUCCAGUGGUUUUCGCCGGAGCAAUCUCUCGCUCUCUGGGAAGCAGGCUCAUACUUGAUACAACAUGCGGAGUCGGCGGAAGCUCGGAAGGGCGGCUCUUCCUUGCUAGAAGCAAUUGCGGCUCGCCAGGAUCUAACGCCAGCAGCCAGACGUGUGGUCUUUGAGGCGAUAUCUCAGCCAUCGGAACCUGAUGUGAUACCAGCACGGAUCCAGUCAUUGGUAUCGCUGUCGGACCACGGCAGAAAGCUCGAAUUCACCACCUCGUCCAUCCUUCCAAUCAUCUCGUCCUGUGUAGUUCCGCUCUAUGAAUUGAUAUCCACGGCCCGGCUAAAAGCAAGAAAGUCCAAAGUCCCGAAAGCGAACGGCCUCGGUUAUGACGACGAUACUCUAGACGACCUCCUCCAAUUCGCGGUUGACGUGAUCACUCUCCAACGAAAGCCCCCGAGUAGCGAGGAAGUCGAGGCUCUCCUGGAGCAAAUGUUCACGGUAUGCAGGAAGACUAGCGUCGCGGCCGACAUCAAAAAUUGUUUAGCUGUAUUUGACUCCAUCAUCCUGUAUGCUGACGUCCCCGACGGAAGUCUUGUCCCGAUGUUGGAGGUGCUCUGCAGCAUUCAUGCCUCUGUAAAAUCGCUGUCUGGCCCGACAUCACGAGCGGUUAGAAAUCUUGCAAAAUCCAAAAGGCAGGGUGAAAUGCUUAACGCCCUCUAUUCGUUUUUACUGGAGACUUCUGAGGAGAAGGCUCAGACUUUGAACGUUCUCCGCGGCGCGGUUCACGUCUUCACGGAUAUCAUUCGAGCCCAUGGCCAGGAUGGAAUCCCCUCAUUGGAAUUCGAUAACCUGAUCAACUCUCUUCACGAGGUGCUCAAGGUCGCCGCAAGGAAGGACGAUGGAAGAUUAGAGGCUGACAUCCUGGAGUUGUGCCUAAACGUGUUGGAAGGAGAGUACGCUCACGUGGCCUUGACCAGAGGCUGGUCAGGUUUUGCCGACCUGAUGAUUUCGUGUUCCCUCAGGGCUGUCGACGAACUCGAAGAGCGUCCCGCACCCUCAUCCAGUUCUCAGCUUCUUCACACACGGGGCAGUAUCCAGGAUGAUACCAAGUCCAACAUCCUUUCCAGCAUAAUCCAGAUCACAUCUGCUUUGGAAUCUCUUUGGGAACGCAUGGAUGAACCGCAGAAAUUGGAUGCCACACGUUUCCUGAUGAACGUCUCACAGCACCUUGAGCCUCCUCAGGCCGAGCUUAUUCUUGGUACGAUGAGGACCGAGAGGCUUUGUGACCCUGGUAGUCCCGGUUGGGUUCAGCAUUGCCAAAGGCUUAUCCGCUGCUUCGUUCGAUCCCGUACUAAACCCUCUGAUAUCCGCAUCCUCGCCUUGGACACUGUGAAAGAACCUUUCUUGGAUCCCGAUCACUUGGCUCACUUCGAAGCGCAGGGGUUAUUGAACCUUAUGCUAGAAAACUUUGCCGAUGAGGACGACCUUCUAUUCCUGGAAUCAUUGGUGUCUUUUCUUGUCGAUAUCUCCGUUCUUACUAGGGACGAGGGUACUUUUCAAAAUUUGGUGGACACUAUCAGCUCACAAAUGAGUAAAGAUCCAAGCAAAGAAGCAUCGCAGGGCACCGAGUCUCCGUCGUCCAUGACUUCUUCUCAGCAUCUUUCGUCUGUUAACAUUAUGCUGGAGACGUCUUUGGCCAAUGUUUGUGCGCUUGGGUUGGUCAAGAUAUUUCUUCGAGUUUUGAAUCAGUCGGCAACCAAAUCAGCCAUCACCUUUGAAGCGCUCCUGCAUGUCGCCGAAUCUCCCAACCGACCGGCGGACUCUCGCUUGACAGCCUUGAGGUUGUUGUUUAGGCUUCGAUGUGAUUCGACAGGCUCUAUCACGGUCAUUAGCGCACCCGAAGAAGACUUCGUCUUUAAUACCUCCAGUCGAAACUCAGAUCUUACUCCCAAAGCGCAAUCCUCUUCCGAGGAUCAUGCUUCUGACAAUGUCGUGGAGAUCGACCAGAGGCCACCAGUGCAAAGCAGACACCCCAGUAGGGAUCAAUCCGCCAGCCUUCCGACCAAGUCAGCGACACGAAAUGCAAGCCUGCCUUUACGCACAUCCAAACCUACGCCUCCCGUGUGGACCUAUGCUUCGCUCCAGGUUCUUCCAGAAGACCCUCCUGUAGCAUCGAGCCCGUUCGUCUAUGCCUAUGCUACCCCCAACACCUCCCCUGAUACCGAAUCGGACCCCGCGCCCAGAGUAGCCUUGAAGGCCAAUAUGUGGUUGGAGACCGUGAUUACACUGCUGCAGCGCGAGAUGAAUUGGGAUCUAUACAGUUAUGUUCUGACUCACCUUGCACCUCAGCUACGUAACAGGGGUUUCUUCAGCAAUGCAGUUCCUCAAAUCAAAUUGCUGCGGAGCAUUAUGUGUGAUCAAGUCAAGAAUGACUCUUUCCGCGAACCUCCAGCGUCGACGGGGGUCAAGAAAACCGAUGUGGCUAGCUACAUAUUCGAGUCCCUCUGCGUCCUCAUCAGUUACCAUGAGUUCUUCGCCAAAAGUGAAGAAGACGAGCUUGUUCGUGCGUUUAUGCUGGGUAUCAUUGGAUCGUGGGGCGGUACUUCCCGUGGAUGUAUCCAUGCUCUCUCCAUCUGUUGCCAUGAGAUUCCUCUCUCUGUGACGAAAUCACUGAAUGGCAUCCUUGAUAAGAUGUCCAAAGUCAUUACGAUGUCCAAUCUCGCCGUGCAUAUCCUCGAGUUCUUGGCGCUUCUGGCCCGACUUCCGGAUGUUUACAUCAAUCUACGGGAAGAGGAGAUACGCACGGUUUUUGGAAUUUGUAUCCGGUUGCUCCAGACAUCACGCGAGCAGAGGUUCAAGUCUUCUGAGUCUCCUAUUCGAAACGCCCAAGUUUCGACCAGACUUGGAAGCGGCAUGCGAGAGACUACGGCUUUGCCCCCUGACAUGUCGGACCCCUCUCUUCAGGACGGAAUGUCGCGGUACAUCUACACACUAACUCACCAUGUCAUGGUCUUCUGGUUCUUGUCCCUCAAACUACAGGACCGGGCAAAGCAAGUCAACUGGAUCACCAGUAGACUUAUCUUCAAGGAUGAACAUGGCAAAGAAAUGGUCGAAGAGCAAAGUCAGGUCUUCCUCGACUUGAUGCAAAGAGUCGCUUUCACUGACCUGGGUGAAACCAUUCCGUAUGAGACGUUCCCCCCGUCCCCUGCUGACGGGCCUGUGAUGAAAAAGUCAUGGGUGGUGGGAAUGAGCAUAGUCACUGUUGAGACAGCUGGAGUGUCUGGCUUGACCCAAAUCACUAAGCGGCAGGCAUCAGGAACCACAUAUGCGAUGUACCAACAGCGUACUGCACCUGUUCUUCCACACCAAGUCCCGCCCACCCCAGAUGCCCAUCUUCAUGGUGACGAUAUGCGCACUGCCGUGCUCCCAAGCCAUAUUAUGCUUCAGUUGACGACUACCGCGUUUCCUACGCCAACCUCGAUGCAGCCAAUCCCCCUUCCUGAAGACGAUAUCACCCGCCGUGCCCUAAGCACAUUCGACAGGAAUGACAUCGUGGAUGGACACAAAAUUGGGGUGCUCUAUAUGGACAAUGGCCAAUCGACGGAAGCGGAGAUUCUUUCCAAUACGCACGGAAGCGCCGACUAUGAGUACUUCCUGUCCAAGCUGGGAACCAAGGUCCCGUUGAAAGGCGCACAGUUCAAUACUCAGGGCUUGCACGCCGAUUUCGAUGGCGACGCUACCUACGCCUGGCGCGAUCGGGUGACUGAGAUUGUUUAUCACGUGGCGACCAUGAUGCCGACCAAUUUCGACAAUGAUCCCACGUGUAUCAACAAGAAACGCCACAUAGGAAACGAUUUCGUCAAUAUCAUUUUCAAUCGUUCGAACAAUCCCUACCACUUCGAUACGAUCCCUUCUCAGUUCAACUUCUUCAAUAUCGUGAUUAGUCCUGUGUGUCGUAUCGCACAUGAGAGCGCGACUAACAAUGUGGAUGCGUGUGGUUUUGAGAAACUCUCCUACACCGUGCAUGUCAUGACCAAAUCGGGUUUGCCAGAGAUCUCGCCUGCUGCGGCACCCAAGGUAAUCUCCGGGAAGAACCUCGCUGCGUUCGUCCGGUUCCUCGCCUUGAACGCCUCCGUCUUGUCGCAUGUUUGGAACAGCCAGGGUGGCGAGCACGUAUCGUCCUGGCGCAACAGAUUGCGCGAGAUCAAGAGACUUCGAGAGCGGGCUCUGGAAUCUCAGUCCCAGAGUUCCGAGGCCCCAGAGAGUACUUAUCCAGGACAACGUCGCAACACCAAGGCCAAUAUCUACUCUGAGGAGUUGCCGUCGCGGCCUACUCCUUCACGUGCCGAGUUCGCCACCGAUUGGAACGCAUCUACGGACACCAACAUCCUCCAAAACCUGGAUUUCUCGCGCUGGGGACGUUGA